AUGGCCAUCUACAAGGUGACAGUGGCAACAGGUGACAUGGUGGAAGCUGGGACCAACAACUCCAUCUCCAUCACAUUGGUGGGCAGCUAUGGCGAGAGCCGCCAGACCACCGUCUCCUUCUUGUUCCUGCCAGGGAAGGAGAAGAGCCUGUCUGUGCACUGUGGGCAGGACUUGGGCCCCAUUGUCCUCAUCCGCUUGCAUAAGUGGCGGCUCUUCCUGGAGGAUGCCUGGUUCUGCAAGGAUGUCCGGGUGACAGCGCCCAAUGGCACCCUGUAUCGCUUCCCCUGCUACCAGUGGCUGGAGGGGGUCACCACGGUGGAGGUGCGGGAGGGCUCAGGGAAGAAGCUGGUGGAUGACAAGCUGCAGAUCCUCAAGGAACAUCGUCGUCAGGAGCUGGCAGCACGGCAGGAUGCUUACCGGUGGAAGGACUUUGCCCAGGGAUGGCCUCGUUGCCUCAACGUGGACUCCAUCUUUGAGCUGGACUCCAACAUCCAAUUCUCCCGCAUCAGGGCCAACAACUUCACUGGUUUCCUCAUCUUCCAAGGGGCCUCCCACUUUCUGUCAGGGUUCCUACUGAGACGCACCUCCUGGAACAGCCUGGAUGAGAUGCGCACCAUCUUCUCCCGGACGCAAGGCAGGGACAUUGUCCCUGAGUAUGUGGCCAAGCACUGGCAAGAAGAUGACUUCUUCGGUUACCAGUUCCUCAAUGGCAACAACCCCAUCAUCAUCCAUCGCUGCACCACGCUGCCGCUCAAGUUCCCAGUGACACCAGAAAUGGUCUCUGGCUUACUGGGAGGUGGCACUGACCUGGACAAAGAGCUGCAAGAAGGUCGGAUUUUCAUUGUGGACUACAAGGUGCUGGAGGACAUCCCAAAUGACACCAUUUAUGGGCGCCAGCAGUACGUAGCGGCCCCACUCUGCCUGCUUCAUCAGGGCAUCGAUGGGAUCCUGCGCCCCAUCGCCAUCCAGCUCAGCCAAACACCAGGACCCUGCAGCCCCAUCUUCCUGCCGAGCGACGAUGAGUGGGACUGGCUGUUGGCCAAGACCUGGGUGCGCAAUGCCGACUUCUACAGCCACCAGCUCCUCACCCACCUGCUGAGGACCCACCUGUUUGGGGAGGUCUUUGCCAUUGCCACCCUGCGCCACCUGCCCACCUGUCACCCCCUCUUUAAGCUCCUUAUGCCCCACUUUCACUUCACACUGCAUAUCAACACCUUGGCUCGAAGUGUCCUCAUCAACCCAGGUGGCCUCAUUGACAAGGGAUCAGGGGUGACUUAUGAGGGGCUGCUGCUGGUGGUACAGCGAGGCCUGGAGCAGGUCACCUACACGUCCCUGUGUCUCCCUGAUGACAUCCGCCACCGUGGCAUGUCCCAUGUCCCCAACUACCACUACCGAGAUGAUGGGAUGAGCCUCUGGGAAGCCAUUGAGAGCUUUGUUACCAGCAUUGUGACAUUCUACUAUGGUGGGGAUGCAGCGGUGAGUGGGGACACUGAGCUGCAGGCCUGGGUGAUGGACAUCUUUACCAAUGGCUUCCUGGGCAGGAUCUCCUCAGGUGUUCCUUCCUCACUGCAGACAGUAGCAGAGCUCAUCAAGUUCCUCACCAUGGUGAUGUUCACCUGCUCGGCACAGCACGCGGCCGUCAACAAUGGGCAGUAUGAUCUGGGGGCCUUCGUCCCCAAUGCCCCGUCCUCCAUGCGCCACCCACCACCCUGCGAAAAGGGCCGGGCCUUCCUCCAGCACUUCCUUGAUACCAUCCCUGACGUGGCCACCACUGCCAACAUCUUGGUGGCCCUCAUUCUCCUCAGCUCCCAGCUCAAGGACAGGAGGCUUCUGGGACAGUACCCUGAGGAGUGGUUCACGGAGGCAGAACCCCGGCGUCUCAUCCGGGCCUUCCAAGGGCGGCUGGAGGAGAUCCGGGACCGGAUUGAGGAGAGGAACCACCUGGCUGAGCUGAGAUACAACUAUCUGAACCCACUGGAGAUGGAGAACAGCAUCUCCAUCUGA